AUGCAUCACUGUAAGAGAUACCGGUCGCCCGAGCAAGAGACCUACUUGGGUCACAAAUGGAAGAGGAAGAGGUCUCGCAGCAGAGACUAUGAUGGAAGAUUGCGAUACCCUCCCCGGAGGGAUCUUGCAAGGAGAUCACGGUCUAGAAGCCAUGACAGGAUGCCUUACCACAGGAGAUACAGACGGGACAGCGACACCUACAGAUUUGAAGACCGAAGCCCGUCUUUUGGAGAGGACUAUUAUUCGGCCCGCGCACGAAACUGGCGGAGAUCCAGAGGCAGAGAGCAGCACCGCGCAAAGAAGCAUCAGCAUCACUGCCGGAAACGCAGGACCAGGUCUUGUAGCAGUGCCUCCUCGAGAAGCCAACAGAGCAGUAAGCGCAGCAGAAGCGUGGAAGAUGACAAGGAAGGCCACCUGGUGUGCAGGAUCGGCGAUUGGCUCCAAGAGCGAUAUGAAAUUGUCGGCAGCCUUGGUGAAGGCACUUUUGGCAAAGUUGUGGAGUGUGUGGACCACGCCAGAGGCAACUCUCAAGUGGCACUGAAAAUUAUAAAAAAUGUUGGCAAGUACCGAGAAGCAGCCAGGCUGGAAAUCAAUGUCCUGAAGAAAAUCAAAGAGAAGGACAAGGAGAACAAAUUCUUGUGUGUCCUGAUGUCAGACUGGUUCAACUUCCAUGGCCACAUGUGCAUUGCCUUCGAGCUUCUAGGCAAGAACACUUUUGAAUUCCUGAAGGAGAAUAACUUCCAGCCAUACCCUCUUCCUCAGAUUCGGCACAUGGCCUACCAGCUCUGCCAUGCCUUGAGAUUUUUACAUGACAACCAGCUGACUCACACUGACCUCAAGCCAGAAAACAUCUUGUUUGUCAACUCGGAUUUUGACACGUUGUACAAUGAGAAAAAGAGCUGUGAGGAGAAAUCUAUUAGGAACACAAGCAUCCGUGUGGCAGACUUCGGAAGUGCCACGUUCGAUCACGAGCACCACACCACUAUUGUUGCUACCCGGCACUACCGUCCACCAGAAGUCAUCCUUGAGCUGGGCUGGGCACAGCCAUGUGAUGUCUGGAGUACCGGCUGCAUUUUGUUUGAGUAUUACCGUGGCUUCACGCUCUUUCAGACCCAUGAGAAUCGUGAACAUCUUGUCAUGAUGGAAAAAAUCCUCGGGCCAAUUCCAUCUCAUAUGAUUCAUAAAACCCGGAAACAAAAAUACUUCCACAAUGGGAACCUGGUGUGGGAUGAGAACACAUCCGAUGGGAGAUACGUCCAAGAGAACUGCAAGCCCCUGCGGACAUACAUGCUGCAUGACUCAAUGGAACAUGCACAACUCUUUGACUUGAUGAGAAGGAUGCUAGAAUUUGACCCUUCCCAAAGGAUCACGUUCUCUGAAGCUCUCCUUCAUCCCUUUUUUGCUGGCCUGUCUGCAGAGGAAAGGAUGUUGUGCGGUCGAAGUGCAAGCCGGGACCUGAGCAGAUGACAGACAGCUGGGGUGGGUGAUUGCCUGCUGGAUUUGUAUAUACUGGAUUGGUCUAGAUGCUGCAGUUCAGCUCUGGUCACCCUCUUCUCUCACAGAGUUCAGAGGUACUGGUGCACACUGUGACAUGGACCCUGGAUAGCAGAGAGGAAGAAAAGCUACAUUGGAAAGCACAGAUUUGUCUAUUUAUAUGUUGUAAAGUUAAAAUAAAGUGUUUCUUAUUGUUUGAUACUUCCCUUGUAGGCACACAUAGGGUUGUUUUGCUCCCAGCUUGCUUCCCUUUUCUGCAAAGAAAGGUGGUGUUAUAGAAAAAUAAUCAGGAGUGUAAGUAGCAGAAAUCUUUGUUUCAGUGGAGGGCAAAAAGUGAGGAUGAGCAGACUAACCUCUGCCUGGUCUCUGUCCUUGCCUACCUGAAUUGUGUAGAGCAGAGGGAAGGCUUGUUCCAGAUGUGUUAUCAGGCUCUAGAGUCACAGCAGACAAAUGAAUAGUUGCACAGGAGUAGCACACAUGAAUAGUUGCACUUUAUUUCAGGGCAUCCCCCGGUAGUGGCAGGAAUUAGUCAUUACAAACAUUAGGUCACAAAUGGAAUAUCAAGCAGUUACAUAGUGCAGUGAUCUUCACAUGUUAGUGACCAGAGCAGCACUCAGGGGCAGUUCCUAUGAUGGUGGUUAAGGUUGUGGUAGAAACUAUCUCAAACAUUGAUUAAAAAAAGUGUUGCAUUCUUUAAAUUAACUCUGGCAAUAGUGGAGGGGGAAAGGGAGAAGACAGGGGCCAGACCUAGCUCUUGGUCUUGCAGAAUGUUCCCCCAGAAGCACUCCUACCCACACAUGAGAUGCAGUUCCUGGGGACCAGGCCUGUGUUUCCUUCCUCAAGUAAGCUUUUUGUCUCAGAGGAAAAGUACAGUCAAGUGCUCAAAUCUACUCUCAGCCUAGGAACGUGAGCACAACGUGAAGUUUAACUGUGCAGAACCCAACCCAAAGCUCCCUGCUGUGCCAUGAGCACUCUGCAGAGUUAAGUAUUAGGAAACAUUUCCCUUACACGAGAGGCUUCCCCCCCCCCCCAUUGUGUAAAACUGCCCACUUUAUUUUUGCUUAAACUUCUGGAACCAUAUUGCUGCAUAGAAGGCCCUUGUGCUUCAGCCUUGACUGCUUUACACUUCAACUGCUCUAAGUGUACAGUCUGCAGUUUAAUAGCCAAAUCCAGACGAGCCAGAAAAGCUCACAGCCUGGUUCAAGGAAAGCAGAAAAUUGAAACAGCAGGGUCUCUUACCAAGUGGCUUGAGCAAGGAACGUUAAAAAUUAGGGGAUUAGAACUAACAUUGCUACAAAAAUGAUCAGUGGAUGCUCUUCCACCUUGUUUAACCUAGCUGCUGCUCCUCUGCCCAGUUAAGAUUAGACCUACCUCAAACAGUUCAAGAAAUAAAAGGCAGAGAAAAGCCUUGCAUGUGUAUUUUAAAUAACCAACAACCCCCCCCCAAAUUGCUGUCUCUUACCAAUGUGGGUUGAGUCAGAACCACAGCUCAGUCAAUGUCAUUACGGUUCAAGCUGAAACAUGGGUCACCUGAGGAAUAGGUGCUUAAAGUUUUGCUCUGUCCUUCCUAUGGGAAGAGGAACACCAACGCGAGGGCAGAGCUACACCCUGUCAGAGUACUGACGAUUCACAAAAACUCAGCGAGAGGCUCAGCGUGAGCACUAAGGCCACUCAGCAUAAGCCAGGGGACAUGGUUCAGUAGUCUAACCCUCAGCUGGGUAAGAAGCUCACAGAAACCAAGACGGGCAGAGCCCUUCAUCCUGCUGAGGUAGAUAUGACAUGCUCCACGCAGUUUGGCAGGGGAAGAGCUGUAGCUGAGACCUUACACACCUGCACACUGCAGGGAUUAGCCCAAUGCUCACACGUCUCCCGUUUGUAGCACGAAGCAGCUGGCUGCCACGUUCUCAGAAGAGACAGUUCAGUGGUACUAGAGAGUAACAUGGGGUGGGAAAUCUUCCCCCAUAACUCCAGGUUUUUAGGCAAAUGACUUAAUUGAGUCUUUUCAACCAGGGAGGCCUCUCCCCUCCUCUUUUGAUACACUCGGCCUUUGUUCUAAGCAGAUGAAGGGUAGAGACAAGUCCCUGCUCUACAGAUCAGAAUCAUUACUUAUAGCACAAAUGGCUCAACAGUUUUAUUAAGUAAGUAGGACUCCCUCCCUACCUGCUUCUCACUCGCAUGAACAGUUACAGAACAGCUAAAACAGUAGGUCCGCUAUUUUCACACACACACCAGCUGCCCCUACACCUUCAACCUUAAAAGAAAUCCAGCUCCCCCAGAGGAAAGGCACCAUUUGAAGCUCUGAAAUUCUCCACAGCUGCCAGAACAUUUAGGUACCAGCCAAAGCUUUGGGGGCAGGUAAGGUACCAGAAAAAAGAGGCAGAACUUCAAGCACUGCCUAUGCUAACAGGAGCAAGUGGAAAAGGAGCCAAGCACCUGUCUGCUGGAGCAGGGCCUUUGGCCUUGCAUCUGCUUUGUUUCUCCCAGAGGAACUGCUCGCACGUACAGAGCCUCCUAUGUCACCCCAGGGUCAGCGUUCGCCCUGGGGAUAGCGUGCAGCCUAACUCAGCACCUUCAGAGAGCAAGAGCAGAUCCAGCACGCUAGCUUUCCAAGGCCAGCCGACGGUUUGUUAGCUUGUCUCUGCUCUAGGCACCAGAGCAAGGCUCCACCUGGGCAGCACAACAAAUGCAGAAACAGCUACCCAAAACACUUUCUAGCAACAUGUGAGAAGUCAAUGCAGCACGAGGCUGGUUAGCAAAGCACCACGGGGCAGAUUCCCUAUGGUAUUUCAGCUGAGACCCUCCUGCCAUACCCCUCCAAAAGGGGGGGAGCAGCUCUCACAGCAACAUCUUCUGAAGGCAAAAUAGGACAGUGAUCACUACAAAUAGCAAUGCCUGGAACAGAAGGGACCAGAUUUCAGGGGACGACACUGCAAACACCGCUGUAGUCAGCCUAAGCAGUGCCUGGGCUGCAGCCCUGCCCUCAUCACAUGGGCACAAGGCCAGUGCAGACCCUCAUCCUAGUUCUCCAAGCAGGCAUGGAGGGAUAUAAAACGGCGUGUUCAUUCUUCCCCUUUGCAUAUGCAUGAAAAUUAAUUCUAAAACGUGAACAGUUUCUGGUCCACCUUUCACUGCCUACACUACCAGGUGGGCAGCUGUCCUAUGCUCCCACCUCAAGCUCACUGUGAGCCCUGGCUGCCAAUAUUAAAGGCCAGAGAAUUUUGUUUCUUUUCAGAAGUGUGAUAGGUACCCAGCUACCAUUAAUAGCGAUGGGAGCUGAGGACCUAAGGCCUUCUUAAACCUGCUUCUCAGCACAUGGGUACAGACAGGCACACCUUCCCUUCUUCAUGCAGGCUUUGUGCUCAAAGGGAACCAAUGGAUCUAUUGGGACUUACUUCCCAACGGAUCUUGGGGAAUCUCCUUCCCAAGCCACAUUGGAGCGUGGGAGGAAUACUGCAGUGCCCCAGUGCUUCCAGGGACUCACCCCAACACCGUCUGCACCAUACACCAAGUAACAAACAAAAAGUCAGAGCAACACUACCCUGCUCCGUUGUGCUUUCCCUGAUUCAUUCAGUCACUGUGCCAGAAAGAGGGAGGAGGAAAGGAGAAAAAACAAGAAAAAAAAAAAA